AUUUACGCACUUUGGUUCGGGAAGUGACGUAAUAUAACUUCCGCUUCUUCCGCUCUCUUUUCGUUGAGGCUCAGCUAGUGGCCGGCCGCAAAGAUGCAGAUCUUCGUGAAGACUUUGACGGGGAAGACCAUCACUCUUGAGGUCGAGCCCAGUGACACUAUCGAAAAUGUCAAAGCCAAGAUUCAGGAUAAGGAAGGAAUUCCUCCUGAUCAGCAGCGUCUGAUCUUCGCUGGCAAGCAGCUGGAGGAUGGGCGUACCCUCUCGGAUUACAACAUCCAGAAAGAGUCAACCCUGCAUCUGGUGCUCCGUCUGCGUGGUGGCAUCAUUGAGCCUUCCCUCAGAAUGCUUGCCCAGAAGUACAACUGUGACAAGAUGAUAUGCCGCAAGUGCUAUGCCCGCCUCCACCCCCGUGCUGUCAACUGCCGCAAGAAGAAGUGCGGACACACCAACAACCUGCGCCCCAAGAAGAAGCUGAAGUAGAUUUUUGUACUUCUAGCUCUUCAACCCGUGGUGUGUUAAAAUAAACGUUAAAAAAGAU